UUCUGAGGAUAAGCGUUUUGAAAUACGGCUAAGCUCAGAGAGCAAAUAGCUCUGGUAACUGAGAUGUUUGCCCUCGGUGUGCUCCAAUAAACUGAUUUACCUUUCUACUUUUUUUCCCCUUUUUUUUAACAGAGCUGACGCAAGUUUGUCAAAGGGAGUUGUUGGGUGUAGCAGCUGUUGAUUGGUUCAUCCCAUACACUCCCAUUUGUCUUUAAAUCACUGUUCAACUGCUCUAGGUUGCAUAUGAGUAAACUUUUUCUUACAGGUGCAAUUCCUAAAAGAUAUAACCUGCCUAGCAAGUGAGGAAAGGAACCUGCUCAGCUCAGAGAACAGAGUGUUCUGGCAGUCCCUGCAUGACAGAGAGGACCUGCAAGCAGACGGCACAGUGCUGUUUACCCUGAAGAGGCGACUGUGUGUGCUGGAAAGCACUGACCGUUCUAAUGGAUCGCAUGGAACUGCAAAAAGUCAACAUCGAACCUGAUGACCAGAGCAACAGCGGGGAAAGCCUUGAAGACAACUACACAGGGCCAGCUGAUUCGGAAAAGGCUACAAUUAGGAGUCCCUUUGCUAGUGAUGAUGCAGAAAGCCAGAAGUUCCUUACAAAUGGAUAUCUGGAUAAAAAGAAAUUGGAAGACUACAAUGAAGAAUAUCACAGUGGUAGAACUUCCUUUGGAAUGUCCUCGUUCAACCUCAGCAAUGCCAUUAUGGGCAGUGGCAUCUUAGGGCUCUCCUAUGCUAUGGCCAACACAGGAAUUAUCCUUUUCAUAGUUUUGCUGCUCAGCGUAGCCAUAUUGUCACUCUACUCGGUCCACCUUUUACUGAAGAUAUCAAAAGAAGGAGGAUCGUUAAUAUAUGAAAAACUGGGAGCAAAGGCGUUUGGCUGGCCUGGGAAGUGUGGUGUUUUCAUUUCAGUCACAAUGCAGAAUAUUGGAGCAAUGUCAAGCUACCUCUUUAUUAUUAAAUAUGAACUUCCUGAAGUCAUCAGAGCAUUUAUGAAACUCGAGGAGAAUUCUGGAGAAUGGUACCUUAAUGGGAACUACCUCGUCAUACUUGUAACUGUUGUGAUUAUUCUUCCCCUCUCCCUUCUAAAAAGCCUAGGUUAUCUUGGUUAUACGAGUGGGUUUUCGCUGACGUGUAUGGUUUUCUUUGUCAGUGUGGUGAUCUUCAAGAAGUCCCAAAUACCCUGUCCUCUUCCCAUCAUGGACCAUGGGGUGGAAAACUGGACCGCCACCAAUAGCACAGUGCCAAUGCAUCUGGUCACGUUAUCAAAUGAGUCACUCAGUUCUGGUGUGAAUUUCAUGAUGGAUAACACAGCUGGGCACUUCCCAAGCCUGGAGGAGCCAAAAGAUACCUCCCCGAAAAGCGGUGUAGAAUACGAAGCACACAGCGACAGUAGUGACAAGUGCCAGCCAAAAUACUUUGUGUUCAACUCACGGACUGCCUAUGCAAUACCCAUCCUGGCAUUUGCAUUCGUAUGCCACCCUGAGGUGCUACCAAUAUACAGUGAACUCAAAGAUCGGUCCCGAAAGCGGAUGCAGAAUGUCUCAAAUAUCUCCAUCACUGGCAUGCUUAUCAUGUAUCUCCUGGCUGCCCUCUUUGGAUACCUUACCUUCUAUGGAGAAGUUGAAGAUGAGCUACUUCAUACAUACACUAAGGUGUACACCUUCGACACCCUUUUGCUGUCAGUCCGUCUGGCAGUGCUGGUGGCUGUAACCCUGACCGUGCCCCUUGUCCUUUUCCCUAUCCGUUCAUCUGUCAGUGCAUUGCUGUUUCCCAAAAGACCAUUCAGCUGGAUAAGACAUUUCCUGAUUGCAGCAGUAAUUUUGGCUUUUAAUAAUCUGCUUGUAAUUUUUGUCCCAACUAUUAAAGACAUUUUUGGAUUUAUCGGAGCCUCUUCCGCUACAAUGUUGAUUUUCAUCCUCCCUGGUGCCUUCUACCUGAGAAUUGUUAAGAAGGAACCUCUGAGGUCUCCUCAGAAAAUUGGGGCUCUAAUUUUCCUCAUAGUUGGCAUAAUCUUCAUGAUUGUGAGUAUGACUCUUAUUGUAAUGGACUGGAUUUACAAUCCCCCGAGUUCAAGACAUCAUUAACCUGUGAAGACAACCAAUUUGUUAUUUUUAUAACAUAAAUAUUUGUAUUGUGUGCUCUGAAGAACAUCUAAAUGGGGUUGUUAUUCCUAGCUAGUAACUGCAGUACUUUGAAGACAGUUUCUGGUAAGGUCACAAGAACCCAAUGGAGUCUACAUCAUCCUUGUCAAUAAGAAUUGUUAUUUAUGCAUUAGGAAUCUGAGCUUAUCAUUUCUGGCCAGGUGAAAUGAAAAGUGUGGUGUGAAUGCUUUCUUUUUUCAAAACCAAAACAACUUUGUACAUAGUCCCCAAAAACAGCUUGGUGUCACCCCUUUCAAAAUCUCCCUUAACAGCAGCCAGAGUUCCUAGAGCCUUGGAAAGGUAAUGGCCAGAAAACCUGUCAGUGCCUUGUUUUAGAUCUGAAGAUCAUAGGAGUGGCUGCCCAAAUCCAGGAGAAGGGGUAUGGUUUCUGGAGGGGAUCUGGAAGGUGAUUCCUCCCUGCCUGAUAGUCUGACCCGCCUAUCAGAAAGACAACACCUUUGACAAGCCAGUGGACAAAGCUAAGUGUUAGAUUUGUUGCCAAGAUUCAUCACCCAGCUCUUGUACAGAAUAAAGCUCUCUGACACAGAUCCUCUGUUGGGGCACGUGCUUGAAGAAGAGUAGAGUAUUCUCAUUUUGUUUUUAAAGAUGCCUGUGCUGGAAGUAUCAGUCAUUUCUGCUGUAGGGGUUUUUUUGUUCUUUAAUUUUUAAUUGUUGUGAGCUUACAUCACUGAACAAGUUGUAUCCUCCACAAAAACUUGUCUUCCACUCUCACAGGAAUUUAAGGAGACCACAAGGUGUGACAAAGCACCCUAUCCAGUAUUGUUCAGUUCUUGUGUAUUUGAUAAAUGUUCAGUGCAGGAAACUGUAAUUUGCUAUAUAUAAAAAUAUAUGUAUUUAUGUACAUAAUUUUUUUGUUUUCCUCGUCAUAAAAAUGUUACCCUGUGGUACAUGAUUUUUUGAUUUUUUUUAUGUGUCACUCUGUUUUCAUAGCCACACACUUAAUAUUGUUUUGAAGGAACCAUUGAAUUGGUGGGUUUGUAAAAGUUCAUUUUUAUGCAGCAGUGGUUGAAAUAUACCUGUGGCAAGCCCUAACUGCCUGUGUGAAAACACAUUCAUAUGUUUACUACUUACGUUAUAAUAAAUUUCAAGAUGUUUUGCUCUUGAGAAUUUUUAAUACUUGUCUUAAAGUUUUGUGUUACCACUAUACACCACAAAUUUGAAUUACUUGCUCAGUUGCUGUUCCUCGUCUUGUCUAUGUAUAUGCCAGCAUUCAGUAACUAUAACAUAACUAUAUCCAGUAUAGUUGUUAUGCAAGGGUAACAGCAUUACUGACAAUCUCAAGUGUAUCACGCUGUACAGCUGUGCAAGACAGGAAAAAAAGAGUUGGAAUCCAUGCUAUAUUAAUGUUUAGUUAACAGUCAAAUCACAAAUUGGGCUGUGUUGUGGAGUACUCACUACAUAUGCUCUCUGCACAGACCAAGGAAAACCAGCCAGAGAGGUGUUGCUGACUCCCUAGCAGAGGGAAUGAGUGGGAAGGUGUGACUCUUGGGUUUAUCACGCUUGCACAUAUCCAAGCUCAUGUAAAUGGUGUUUUCAUUUUCUGACCUAGAAAUCUGUUGAGUACAUACCUGUGAAUUCAGAAGGCUGUGAAGCACUCAAAAGUUGCCCCUGCUCCCACCCUGCCUUCACACAAAAUUCUGUUUGUGUGUCUGUGUGUGUAUAAAUUGUGUAUACUUACAGAUUAACUGGAAAGGAAUAUCAAAUAUGUAGAAUAUAUAUGAAUGUCAAUAUAAAGAAAUAUAUAUUCCAUGUCAAAUGCUACCUUUCUGAGCAGAAUUAUCUGCUCACUUGAGUACUGUAUCCUUAAUAUACUGGGAAACACUUCCUCAUGAAUGCUAAGUCUGGCUUUGUAUUUUUUAAAGAAAACAGUGCUGAUAAUAUUUUUCUCUAUUUUAAGCAGACUAAUACAAAUAAUGUUGCUUUAUUACUGAAGAGACGUUUAACAUGGACUAGAAUUAAUAGUAAAACACCAUCAUACCUCUCUUCUUGUUACCAUUACUGAGAGUUAUAUGCAUGAAAUUGUAACUGCAUCUUUCCUUCAGAGUAAAUAAACACACAUUGUGACUACAGCUGAGUGUACAGACUUAGGAAUUCAUGUAGUCCACCUAAAAUACAUAGAUGACCUCAAGAAAAGUAACAGAACUGUGGAGCAAUGGCAUAACUCACUGCCUUUUUAUGGCAAAAAAAGACAGCGGUAGAGGGGCUGUAAAAUGUCAGCUUUGGUCACAGUGAUAUGCAUACUCUGGGAGUAAGGGCAGUAUUGCUCACUAACUAUUAACACUGCUGGGAAUGCUGGAUAUUGGAGCUUCUUAUUCAUUUUGUACUGUUGACAAUAGGCUUGGUGAGGAUUUUAUUAUUAGCCCAUCCAUAUAUGUAUAAUAAAUGAAUUUUUCAAAGACUGCAGGUUAUUUUUCAUCUGCUUUAGUCUAGCAGGAGAAGAAUUUUUGUUUUAAAACCAAGCAGAGUCAAGGUGGGAGCCUUAACACAGGUAUUGCUAAAACUUUGUUCCCUUUUAAGAGAGAAAUUUUUAUAUCCAUGUAUUUGCAGAUGAGUGAGAUGGCAGCCCCUUCAUAUAAUAAUCCUUUGGCAUUCCCUGUUUUCUAUCUAUUCAUGGAGCUGCGUUGAUGUCAUCGGGCAUGGUGAAUGGCUGGUGUUAAAAGUGGGGUUAUCUGUGAGAUAUUGAAUGCCUCAUUCUUUGGAUUAGCUGGGAUACAUGGUACAGCAACUAAAGAUAGUAUGGGAAUAUAUAUACUAUAUCACUGGCUAUAGUAUAGGAGUGCACACCACGUGGUAUCACUGUAUAUAAAUACUUCCUAGCAUUGCAGCUGCAGGUUUUCCCACUGUUACAUACUUGUCUGAUGCAUACUCAUAGCCCAAAAUAUACUGGUCUACACACAGCUCCAGCAUCAAUGAGCUCAUGUGAGAACCAUGCCCAUAGCCAGACAGCAUUUGCAACCUGCCCACUAAUGAGGGGGGCACUGCAGCCCCAGACACAUGCUCUACACAUAUUCCACAAAUAUCCACCCUGAUUUCUCCUUCCCUUCUAGUCAGGCAGCCUUCAUUCCCUACAGCAUCAGCUCUGCUCUGUCUUGAUGAUGCUUGAGGUAUAAUUUUCUUGUGUCAGGAGGCUCUUUUAAUUAAACCAUUACAGUUGUAGUAAAUGAAUGAGGGAAGUUAAAAGAUAUGACUUCAAGGACAAAAAAAAAAAAUCAACAAAAAUGUUUUGAAACUUUCGUGGCUAAAGAGGUAUGUCAUUAAAUGAAUGGACGUGUCAAGAAUGCCAGAAGUGAUAUAGAAGGGAAAAAAAAAAAAGAUAUUAAUAUUUCAGCUCUGGAUUUAGUAAGGGCCAGAAAAAGGGACAUGCAUUAAAAGGCAAAACCAUCUCUAGUCCAUAAAUAAUCAAAAAUUAUCAAAGACUCUAUUCAAGAGCAUCUAUCCUAAAGAAGGACAGCAGGGCUAGGUAAGACAGAGUAGCUGAGUCUGGUGUUCAUUUUCAUUAAACCCUGCUGGUUCUCAAUGGCUGACAUACUAGUAAAUAAAGCUAGUCAGCAAUUACUCACUAAGAGGUCAAAGUGGUGCUAUAGAUGGAAUAUUUCCAUUCAUUUGACUUUAAAUUUCAAUGGAGGUUUUACUGAAAUUGUGCAAUUGCAAUAAAAUUCUGGCAGAGCCCCAUCUGUUUUCUGUUAACCUGCCUGGCAAAGUUCUGUGGGCUCCAGAGGGGUUACAGUUCUUGGCCUCCCCCUCUGCCUGGCAGUGGGCAAGGGCCAGCCCACUCACACCCCACGGACAGCCCCAGUGCUUUGGCUAAGGGUCCAGGGUGAGAUCAGGGUCACAGAGCUUCCUUCUGUGGAGCUCAGCCUUGGUGCUGUAGUGUCAAUAUUUCCAUGGCAUAUUGAAUUGUCUAGUACCACCCUGGAAAAAAAAAGACAUG